GAGUAUAUGUAAAUAGCAUGAAUGAACUUUUAAGUAUCAUGGCGUCGCCGAUCUUUCCGGCAAGUAGAUUUUGCCAUCGUGUCCAUGGAAUCUCUCUCAUGUUUUAACGUGUAAUCUAUAUUAAAAAUAAAGAAUGACGGACGACGUGGUAGUCCUAGAAGAUGCUGUUCAAAGAGAAGAAGAAAUAGCUCAUUUUCAAGCUCCUGCAAUACAACAUAAUCCCGAUGGAUGGGGUCCUUGUGAAUUACCUGAUCAAUUUAAGGAUAUACCUUAUCAACCAUUUUCAAAAGGCGAUAGAUUGGGAAAGAUAUCUGAUUGGACUACACCGGCUUUUCAAGAUAAAAAAUUUCCCAACAAGUAUACAUCACAGUUUGGUUCAGGGAGUCAAUAUGCAUAUUAUCAUGAUGAAGAUGAAACAACUUUCCAUUUAGUUGAUACAACUCGUGUACAAAAACCACCUUAUCAACGUGGUGGUCGAUUCCGCCAUAACCAAAGAAAUUUACGUGGUAGAGGAAGUCAACGUGGUUCAUUGAGUCAAAUGCAACAACUUGGUAAAUUAAAACUUCGUGAAAGAGAUCGCAAAGGACAAGCAAAACGUUGGGGUAGACAACAAGGAUUACGUAAUCAUAAAAAUCAACCUCCAAUUAAAAUUCGCGAUGCAUCUGUUACUGUAAGACCUGAUUGGGUAACUAUUGAAGAAAUGGAUUUUCCACGUUUAGCUAAAUUGUCUUUACCUGGUGUAAAAGAUGGAGAAGAUAUUUUAUGUUGUGGCUCUCUUGAAUAUUAUGAUAAAACUUAUGAUAGAGUGAAUGUUAAAAGUGAAAAGCCACUACAAAGAAUUGACAGAAUCUUUCAUACAGUUACUACUACUGACGAUCCAAUAAUUCGUAAACUUUCAAAAACAGAAGGAAAUGUUUAUGCUACAGAUGCAAUUUUAGCAACAAUAAUGUGUUGUACUCGUAGUAAUUAUUCAUGGGAUAUUGUAAUUGAAAAAAUUGGAGAUAAGUUAUUCUUUGAUAAACGAGAUAAUACUGAAUUUGACCUCUUAACUGUAAAUGAAACCAGUGUUGAGCCUCCUCAAGAUGAUGGAAAUUCUUUGAAUUCUCCCAGAAAUUUAGCUUUAGAAGCUACAUUUAUUAAUCAUAAUUUUUCUCAACAAGUAUUAAAAUCAAAUGAACCUAGAUAUAAAUUUGAAGAAGGAAAUCCAUUUAUUUCGGAAGAAGAAGAAGGUGAUGUUGCUAGUGUUGCAUAUCGCUAUAGAAAAUGGGAUUUAAAUAACGGAAUUGUUCUUGUUGCAAGAUGUGAACAUGAUGCUGUGAUGCAAGGUCCUAAUAAUGAAAUUCAAUUUUUAACAAUUAAAGCUCUAAAUGAAUGGGAUUCAAAAUUGGCUAAUGGUGUUGAAUGGAGACAAAAAUUAGAUACACAGCGUGGUGCAGUAUUGGCAAAUGAAUUGCGCAACAAUGCUUGCAAGUUAGCAAAGUGGACUGUUCAAGCAUUGCUAGCUGGUUCAGAUCAAUUGAUUGGUUAUGUUUCUAGAGCAAUGGUUAGAGAUUCUAGUAAACAUGUUAUUCUUGGUACACAGCAAUAUAAGCCAAAUGAAUUUGCAACACAAAUCAAUCUUAAUAUGGAUAAUGCAUGGGGUAUUUUACGAUGCAUUAUUGAUAUUUGCAUGAAACAAAAAGAUGGAAAAUAUUUAAUUAUGAAAGAUCCAAAUAAACCAAUGAUAAGGCUAUACGAUAUUCCAGAUAAUACAUUUGAAAGUGAAGGAGAAGAAGACGAAGAUGAUGAUGAACCUGUUAAUGAUGCUUUUCAAAGUUAACAGUUUUAAAUUUUCUUGAACUUCUUUGAACUAUCUUAAAAAUCAUUGAUUUAUAUUAUAAACAUGUAUUUUAAGAAGAAAAGGAAGUGGCAUAAUAAAUAAAUCUUAAAUCUA